AGUAACAUGCAACCGUUGCCGGAUGAUUUUUUACUGCGGAAAUAAACAUCGCGAUGAGCAUCAAAUCCAUCACCGGGAUCUUUGCAAGGUGAUUUUGAGCAUGUUGAAUGAAAUGGGGGCUCCAAAUCUUUUCGAUAAAUUGAAGACUGCUGAUCCAGAUUUGUGGCUAAAAACUAGGAUCGAUCUGAUGAAAAAAGCGAAAUCGAAAAUUGGGAGACAGUUUCAGGAAUAUGAGGAGCAGAUGUUCCUUUUCCCGAAAACCUGCGUCGUAUGCCAUGACAGCGACCUGAGCGUACUGAGGAAUUGCGAAUGUGGGGUAAAUCUUUGCAAAAUUCACAAGGAUGAUUCGAAACACAAAGAACUCUGCGGCGUCUUGAAAUUGGCUUUCAAACUAACUGUCAGCGGCCAACUACCGACUUUGAAUACCAUACAAACAAGUUUAGAUAUCAGCGAAAGAUCAAGUCUGCCGCCUUCAAUGCAGGACUUCCUGGAUUUGCAUCUAAUAUUUAGGGAAGAAACUCCAGAGCAAAACGAAAAUUUCCAGGGCAUGGUCACAUCGAACUUUUUUAGCGGACCCUUGACUCUUCUUUAUGCUAUCGAGAAAUUAAAUUAUAAAGUCAACUCUUCCAUGGUGAUUCAUAUAAUUGGAGCCGGUAAUCAGGAUGUUGCGGCUGAGGGUUGUUGGAAAACCUUUUUACUACGGUUGACACGUCUGACCAACUUAAAAAUAGUUUUCAUAGGACCGAAUGUUUCGAAUUGCCUAGAAACUGCAGUCCACACCUUCGAUUACUAUCCGCUCGCAAUCAAAACUUUGAAAGUUCAAUUUCAUAGUCAACGAUAUGACGAAUAUUUCAAGAGCGAAUCCUUCAUAAACCCGGACAUCAUUCUGGGUUGCAAUCUAGAUUUCCACGAAAGCGAAUUAGGAAUUUCUGAGUGCACCUGGAAAGAUACAAUUUUGACUUUAAAAAAAGUCUGUGUUCCUUUUGUUUUAACGGCAGGGACCAAAGAACGAGCUGAGAAGGAUCACAAGAGGUUCUGCAAACUUUUGGGAAUGUCUGUUCAUUACAAGUUUUGCGAAGUUAAUCCCUAUGCCGCAUUAAGUCCUGAGAGGGAUUUUGAAACUGAAGGUGUGCGAUAUUCUAACAAGUACGUCAUUAUUUAUGAUGGAAAGUAUAAAGAAUCGGCGACAUUGAAGAAAGGAGAAAAAAAGAAAUUGGAAGGGAAGUCUUCGAUUGUGAAAGUCUAAACUGAAAGAGAAGUUUUCAAACUGUCAAAUUACUAAUGAUUAUAAGGAUACUUACAGGGUUACAUUUUGUAGACGUUUUUGUGAGGACAGUGACGUACUAUUGAAGAUUGUAUGUUUUAUCUAAC